GCGGCCGCGCCUCGUCCGACUCCGGAGUUUCCAGUAGAGUUAGAGUUGCUGUAAGGCUUAGGCCUCGGAAUGCAGAAGAACAGGCGGCAGAUGCUGACUUUGCUGAUUGUGUUGAACUCCAGCCAGAGCUCAAAAGACUAAAGCUUCGUAAAAACAAUUGGGAGUCAGACACAUUUGAAUUCGAUGAAGUGCUGACAGAGUUUUCUUCACAGAAGAGAGUGUACGAAGUUGUUGCCAAACCAGUUGUGGAGAGUGUUCUGGAGGGAUAUAAUGGUACUGUCAUGGCAUAUGGGCAGACUGGUACUGGCAAGACUUUUACGCUUGGAAGACUUGGUGAUGAAGAUACUGCUGCACGAGGAAUUAUGGUCCGUGCAAUGGAGGAUAUUCUAGCUGAUAUAACACCAGAGACUGAUACAAUAUCAUUAUCUUAUUUACAGUUGUAUAUGGAAAUGAUACAAGAUCUCCUUGAUCCUGUAAAUGAUAACAUAGCUAUUGUAGAAGAUCCAAGGACAGGUGAUGUUUCAUUGCCAGGGGCUACAGUUGUUGAAGUUAGAGACCAAAAGAGCUUUAUGGAUCUUUUAAGAAUUGGCGAGGCUCACCGUGCUGCUGCAAACACGAAAAUGAAUACAGAAUCUUCUCGUAGUCAUGCAAUCCUUAUGGUCAAUGUCAGAAGGGCUGUGAAAGGUAGGAAUGAAAUGGAUGUUAGUAUGUCUGCUGAAAAUGGGCAUUCUUCUUCCAUGAUGGGGUCGUUGCGACCACCUAUUGUUAGGAAAAGCAAGCUUGUAGUUGUAGACCUGGCAGGAUCUGAGCGCAUAGACAAAUCUGGAAGUGAAGGUCACACAUUAGAAGAGGCAAAGUCUAUCAACUUGUCUCUAAGUUCACUUGGAAAAUGCAUCAAUGCACUUGCUGAAAGCAGCGCACAUGUUCCUGUUCGUGAUUCCAAGCUUACUAGAUUGCUCAAAGAUUCAUUUGGAGGCACUGCACGAACAUCAUUAGUUGUGACAAUCGGUCCAUCUCCAAGACACAGGGGGGAGACUACAAGUACAAUAAUGUUUGGACAAAGAGCAAUGAAGGUUCAGAACAUGGUGAAAUUGAAGGAAGAAUUUGACUACAAAAGCUUGUGUAGGAGACUUGAUAUUGAACUGGAUAAGUUAAUCGCAGAAAAUGAAAGGCAACGGAAAUAUUUUGAUGAUGAAGUUGAACGAAUAACAACAGAAGCUCAAUGCCGUAUCGUUGAGGCUGAACGAGAAUGCAAAAUUGCUCUAGAGAAUGAGAAAAUGAAGUACCAUCAAGAAUACUUGGAUUCUAUUAAGAUACUAGAGGAGAAGUGGAAAGUACACCAACAAUCACCCAAGAAAGAGGUUAAAGAGACCGAGUCUACAUCAAAUGGUGAUGUGCAUGACUUACUGCAGAAUGAGAAAAUGUUACGACAAUCUGCUGAAGAUGAGUCCAACGACCUUAGGAAUCAAUUGUUGCACUGGAAAAAGAUGGAGGCUACAGCUACUGCUGAAGUUGUGAAACUCCGGAGAAUGCUGGAUACUGAAGCUAGCCAAAAAGACAAAUUUGAAGAAGAAAUAGCUGUUUUGAAAAGUCAGUUAAUGCAAUUAAGUCUGGAUGCUGAUGAGACAAGAAUGAGCCUUGACACAGGAGAUGGUCCUGGGAAAAUAUUUCCUGGGCUAGAUUCCUUGAUGUCUCAUACUCGGAGUUCGCAGCCUAGAGAGCAGAGCAAUGGACCCAAGGCACCAGUCGCUAAACUCUUUGAACAAGUUGGUUUACAGAAGAUACUGUCAUUGCUUGAGUCGGAAGAGCCUGAUGUCCGUGUUCAUGCAGUGAAAGUUGUCGCAAAUCUAGCAGCUGAAGAGGCAAAUCAAGAAAAGAUUGUAGAAGCAGGGGGGCUUACUUCCCUCCUAAUGCUGCUCAGGAGCUCUGAGGAUGAGACCAUACGCAGAGUAGCAGCAGGAGCUAUAGCUAAUCUUGCAAUGAAUGAAACAAAUCAAGAUCUUAUAAUGGCUCAAGGUGGUGUAACCUUAUUGUCAAUGACAGCAUCUGAUGCGGAGGACCCACAAACUCUAAGAAUGGUGGCUGGAGCUAUUGCUAACCUGUGUGGCAACGACAAAUUGCAAGCUCGUUUGAGGGGAGAAGGUGGCAUUAAAGCAUUGCUAGGAAUGGUCAAGUGUGGCCAUCCAGAUGUCCUCGCUCAAGUUGCUCGUGGCAUUGCUAACUUUGCAAAAUGCGAAUCUAGAGCAGCUACUCAAGGAAACAAGGUGGGGAGAUCAUUGUUGGUGGAUGAUGGGGCCCUUCCUUGGAUUGUAAAAAAUGCGAAUAAUGAAGCUGCUCCAAUUAGGCGGCACAUUGAGCUUGCACUCUGCCAUCUGGCACAACAUGAGGUGAAUGCAAAGGAUAUCGUGAGUGAAGGUGCACUAUGGGAACUUGUUCGGAUCUCGAGGGACUGUUCUCGAGAAGAUAUAAGGAUGUUAGCAUACCGCACAUUGACAUCCAGCCCCACUCUUCAAUCAGAGAUGAGAAGAUUACGAAUAGAAUGCUGAUGAAUUAACCGAAAGAUGUGACUGGUCUCACAUAGAAGAUGAGGCGCUGUUCAGCAAGUGCUGGUAGUCAAGCAUACCGACCCUUGAUAGACCCAGUUUUCACAAGCAUACACAGGCGGGCACCGGACCUGUUUGUCUCAACCGGCAAGAGUUUGCACAUUUGUUCUCCCCAAGAUCCAUUUUUGUCCAACUGAGGGGCAGUUGAAAACUCUUGGUGGCCAUUCAUUUAUUCAGAUCCUAGCAUGCGACAGGUUUACUUUGAUGUAGUUUGUAAAAUUAUAAUUGUUGUAAAAUCCACUAAGGCCACCAGGAGUGUGGUUCAAUAUGGGGGAGUGAGAGGCUGCAGAUAGCUAGGUAGACUUGUGGCCUUGAACUAUAUAUAUACUUGUAUUAAUUGUACAGUAGCCCUUCUUUGGCUGUAACUUGAUACUGCAAAAGAGUGAUGUUAAU